UUUCCGUGUUCCAGAUGAAAAGCUUGCCGCUUUGUCUCAGAUGAGGGAGUAUGUGCUAGUUUGUUCAACUUUUGAAAUAACGAAAUUCAAAAAUUUCUGACCGAAUAUUCUUGCUUGUGUCUUCUGGUUUGUUUUCAAAGCUAUUAGUAAAUCUAGUUCUUUUAAGCUCUCUGAGUUAAUUGAAAUAGAGACAUUACAGCUGGGAACUUUUUCGAUCUACAAAUAUUUGCUACUCUUCUUGAUGAAGGUGAUUGAUUACUUUGGCUAUAUUUGGUCUGAUCUUGGACAGAAAAGUCUAAAAGUAGCUCAAUUGGACGCGUAUACAGAUCCAUGUAACAUCGCGAAGCCCCGCCGGCCAUUUGUGAGUCGGAGACAUUUAUCAGAUCUUCUGGAUCUAAAAAAGUAGCAUUGACCGGAAUGAUAAACGGGCAUUGUCCAAUCCAUAUCCAACAGUGAGACUCAACCUAAUUUCGAGUUCCUUUUGCCAUCUCAUUUCUGUCUGGAGGAGUGUUGAGGUUGUUCUAUGUGAGCAUCUACUCUUCAGUGGGCCCCCAUUUUUUAACUGCAAAGGCGCUAUCAGGCUUGACUAUUAAUCGCCUUACCGCAUCAGAUAAUUUCAUGGCUAGAGCGUUGAGACUAAUCCGCUUAAAAAGACCUAGUCGACGGAGACUCUGGAUCUUUAUUCGCCACAUCGCUGUAGAGCUCAUUAUAUAGUCUGCUAUAUUCGCAACAUCCCGCUUCAUUCAGCGGUUCGGGCACCUAAAGGGCCCUUCUCAUUGAGCCUCCACUCACAUCCGCUCGAUUUUCGGUAUCACUAAAGCCGACUACGUACUUCACCCUGAAGGCUGCUGUGAAAGUGAGGUGUGGUUUGCUGAUAAAACUUGUGCGUGGUACAACAUUUGCUAUUCAAUUCUUACAAGCGCAUCUACAAUAUGGUGAACCCAUUUUUCACAACAACAUAAUUCAAUUUUAUAGAGUUGUUACCUCUUUUAUCUUAACUACAAAGGGUGCAUGUUUUAGCCUCGGCAAUGAAAAAAACAAAAAAAAAAUUACAUAAAGGUGAGAAAUUAAAAAGCAAAGCGACUAAAAAACCUACAAUUUUAAAUGAGCAAGCAAAGUGACAAAUUACGAAAGCGUAGAACGUAGGCCGUACACACACACACACAGCAACACACAUUAACACACUAAUACAUGAUUCUCGCUUAUCAGAAGACAAACAUGCAUAUUUAGAAUUUUACUAGUCAGUUGUUUGAGGGGCUGGGGUCUAACAAGCACGAAGUAUAAGCGGUCGAGGUAUUCACUAAAUUCAACUGGUACUGGGGCGGAAAGAAUCUCGAAGAGUUUCAAUGGAAAAGUGGCAACAAAAUGUUUUGUUUUGAUAAAACGCUUUUAUCAAACUAAUACACAUACAAAUAUUUAUACUAUACAUAUACAUGCGUACAUACAUGCAUGUAUGAGUGUAUUUUUAUCAGCUGCACUGCUGCGCCAGUCGACGAGCUACAGUUGGUUGAUUGGCUGUGCGCAAAUGUAAAAGUCUUUGAAUGUCAGUUGCGUGCUAAUAGACGGUGGCAUCGGAAGUUCGAAUGAAAAUAUAUAUGAAAAAGUAAAGAGUGAAAUAAAUGAAUAGUACAAAUACAAAUUAAAAACGCUCUCUGAAUAUAGGCGGUUGAUGACGUGUGUACCGUAGAAGGACAAUUGUGGCGUCGCUAAAUUGUAAUGGCGAAAAUGUGAUUGGAAAUAAAAAUAGUAUUUAUAUUUUACUGAAAAAUAUUUACACAGGUGUGAGAAAUAGAGAGAAACCUGUGUUGAAAAAGCAAUUUUAACUAAGCAGUUUUAUCUUUUAAAAUAAAUAGCUUACAAAAAGUAAAGUAAACGAAACGAAAGUAAAAAUAAAAAGAGAGAAUAGUGAAUUGUUAAAAGAUUGCAGAUGUGAAGUAUUAAGAAGAAGGCGAAAUUGUGAGUUAAUUCUUGAACGAAAAUAAAUGAAAUGCAGAUAAACAAAGCACAUACAACAAAUAUACGCAACGAAGCGCAGCAAUAGAGUAUAAAAAGUUUAUAGGAAAGCCAGUAACGAAAGGACAUAAAUAAAAAGAGCAAAAACAAACAACAGAGUGCGAGCGACUGUAACGCGCUGAAGUGGAAGCGACGGGAACUGAGAGGAACGACCGGAACGCACACGUACGAGUGCAUGCGAUGGACCGAGAACGACAACGCGGUUAAGGUCAACACAACAAAAACACAACACAUAUAGAGUAAGAUAAAUAAAUAAAGAAGAAGCAGCGCGCACACAUUGCAAAGGCAACUAGUGAAUGGUGGCGAGACGACAAUAAAUGCAAACAAACAAAAAAGUGUGCGGAGCGAAAAUAGAAGAGCAGCGCAUUGGGGUUUGUGAUUUUUGCGAUUUUUAUGGCCACAGGCGUUGAACACAUAACGGCCAACAAAAGACAAACAACAGCGGAUUGAAAUUAGAAAGGUAAACAAGCGAGAGUAAGAAAAACACAACUUAGCAUUGACGCGUGAUAAAGGGGCAAGAGAGAAGAGAAGCGAAAGUAGAAAGCGAAAGAAGUUGAACGGGAACAGGACACAGCAACUGCAAAAGGCAGUGAAGUGGAAAAGUGAAUGUGUAAGCGAAAAUAGAAGUACCGCUUAGAAAAUUUAGUGCUUUGCGGAAGCGUCGAUUCAGCGAGCGGAAGUCAAGUCAAGAGCGCUACGGAGAAAGGAGAGGAGGAGGAGAAAGAAUCAGAAAAGAAGAAGAAAAAACUUGGAGUUGGUUGAUAGAACAUUUAAGAAUAUGAAAUAGUAAAGGAUCAGAAAAUUCAAGGAAAAUCACACACACACACACCACAAAAAACUGCCAGAACCGCAGGAACUUAAAAGAAUUCGCUUCAACUGCAUACCGCAAGGCUAGUAAAUCAAAGCAUUUUAUAUUUUUUAAAACAAAGUAUUCGAAAAAAAACAUAUCAAAAGAAUUUUACUGUAACCGUUAUAAUUUUCAUAGCGUUUCUACCAAGCGCACCAAGCCAUAAAAUAAGCAACAAAGCGUUAGAAGCGACUAAACACAGAAACUAAUUGCCAAGCAAAAAACAAAAAAAAAACUAAUAAAAAGAACGAGGCUAAUUAUGCACAAAAGUAACAAAAAAAGUAAGAAAAAUUACGUCUAACGAAUUUGUAAAUAAACAACGUACGGCGCCCAAAAGUAUGCCAACUAAUUGCACAAAUAAAUAAUCACGUGACACUAGCCAAGCAAACGUUGCGUAGCGGCUUGCAUACCAAACUCAUAUCAGCAGUACGCAAUCAGCGAAAUCGGCAAGACAUAAAUUAAGCCUAAUUGAGGCAUAAAUUUAGGCGCGCAACACACACAAACUUCAGCUAAAGCACUAACGCAAUAAAAGCAAAGCACACAAAGUGACUCAUUUUGACGUGCGACGGUGAUAGAGCGGAAAAUCUAGACAGACGCAGCGAAGAAGGUGAAAGCGCGAGUGUGUGAGCGAACGAGUAAAGUGAACUUGCAGCGAAUAACUUGCACACCAACUAUCAACUACUAGUCAAUCGCACACCCAUACACACACACACACACACACAUACAUACCCUCCUUUCACAACUGCAAAAAUUAAUAUCACACAACGGCAAAGAUGGCGUUCAUUUGGCGUCGCCGCUCAGCAUCCAUUGUGAAAAUCGUGGCCAUACUCACCGCCAUCUGGUUCACUGUUGCCUUUUUCAUCUACAACGAUGACACGCGCAGUAGCAGCGACACCAAAUGGAACGGCAUGUCGUUGGCAUUGAAAAGUGUUGCAGGUGGCGGUGGCGGUGGCGGCGGCGGCGCGCCAGUCAAUGUGCCUGAUGGCGAGCAGGGCAUUUAUGAGGCCGGUGGCGGUUUCGGUGUAGAUCGCGGUGGUGCGAUUGUCGACGAUGGUGGCGCGAAUGGCGUGAAUGAUGUUGAUGCACCAGAUGGGAGAGGGCGUGGUGAGCAGCGUCGUGGUGUUGGUGAUGUGCCGCCACUCGAAAAUAAUCAACUACUUGCAAAUGAAGAUGUCGGCGCGGCCGCCGGUGGCGAUGACGGCGUAGAUCCAGGUAUUGUUGCGCCUGACCUUAAUGUGGGCGAUGAAUCAGUGCAGAAUAAUGUGGUGGUGGCGCAACCCAACGAGAAGGUUUAUCGUGGCAAAUUGAUUGCGGGCAAUAAGCUCAGCAGCAGUGGCGGCAAAAGGAAUGGAGAAGAUCUUGAUAAAGGCGUGCUCAUCGCACCAUUGCCGUCCAAGGAUGCACCUGGCGAAAUGGGUAAACCGGUAGUGUUGCCAACCAAUAUGACAGAGGAGAUGAAGAAAGCCGUCGACGAUGGUUGGACGAAGAAUGCCUUCAAUCAAUAUGUAUCCGACAUGAUAUCAGUGCAUCGAUCAUUACCGGAUACACGUGAUGCGUGGUGCAAGGAACCAGGCCGCUAUUUGAAAAAUCUUCCCGCAACCGAUGUCAUCAUAUGCUUCCACAACGAGGCGUGGUCGGUGUUGUUGCGGACAGUGCACUCAGUGUUGGAUCGUUCGCCGCCAGAGUUGAUUAACAAAAUCAUACUAGUCGACGAUUUCUCCGAUAUGCCACAUACCAAGCAACAGCUGGACGAUUACUUUAGCUCCUAUCCAAAGGUGCAGAUAUUGCGUGCCCCCAGCCGUGAAGGUCUGAUACGAGCGCGUCUAUUGGGCGCACGCCAUGCCACUGCGCCAGUGGUAACGUACUUGGAUUCGCAUUGCGAGUGCACCGAAGGUUGGCUUGAACCUCUGCUGGAUCGUAUCGCUCGCAACAAAACCACCGUCGUUUGUCCGGUCAUCGAUGUCAUUGAUGAUACAACAUUGGAAUUCCAUUUCCAUGAUUCGGGCGUAGUGAAUGUGGGCGGUUUUGAUUGGAAUUUACAAUUUAAUUGGCAUGCAGUGCCGGAACGUGAACGCAAGCGACGCCAGGUAUGUGCCCUUUUACAUGAAAAUAUGCGCCUCGUUUGGUGAUUUAACUUAUUUGUUAUUCAAGUCAGGUAGUUUGGUGAGCUUUAAACAGCCAUAAUUUUA